UGGCCUCCCCAGCCCCCUCCCCACCUCCAGCCCCAGACCUGGAUCCAGACCCGGACCCUGAGCCCAGUCAGCAUCUCAGCCACGAGGAGCAGUAUGUGAGCGAGGGGGAGUACAGCCAGCCUGAGCCACACUUGGCGCCACCCCACUGCAGGGACGCCGAGACGAUCACAGAUGUGUGCAACAGCACUGACUUACCAGAGUUUGAGAUCAUCAGUCUUCUGGAGGAGCAGCUGCCGGUGUACCGGCUGCGGGCGGAUACCGUCUACGGCUACGACAACGAUGACUGGCUCCACACUCCACUCGUCUCAUCGGACGCCAGGCUCGACCUGACUACUGAGCAGAUCGAAGAGACACUCAAAUACUUCUUGCUAUGUGCAGAAAGAGUGGGCCAGAUGACGAAGACCUACAAUGACAUUGAUGCUGUCACAAGAUUGUUGGAGGAGAAAGAGAGAGAUCUGGAGUUGGCUGCAAAGAUUGGCCAGUCGCUUCUCAAAAAGAACCGAACUCUGACCGAGCAGAAUGACUAUUUGGAGGAGCAAGUGGGGCAAAUCGCAGAGGAGGUGGCCCAGCUUCACCACGAGCUGAACCUGAAGGACGAGCUGCUGCAGUUUUACACCAGUGCUGUUGAGGAGAGUGAGGAUGAGUCCACCAGCUCCCCGGGUAAGAAGAGUAAAGCAGAAGCAGCUACAGGAGUCUUUGUGAGCAACACACUUCAGAGGAAACUCAAAGAGCUGGAGGAGGAGAACCUCUCCCUCCGCUCGGAGGCUAACCAUCUGAAGACAGAGACCGAAACGUAUGAAGAAAAAGAGCAGCAGCUUGUCAAUGACUGCGUUAAAGAACUCAGGUUAUCCAGCCUGCAGAUCUCUGCCAUCGCGGAGGAGCUGGCUCGGAAGACAGAGGAUGCCUCCCGGCAGCAAGAGGAGAUCACACACCUCCUCUCUCAGAUUGUAGACCUCCAAAAAAAGGCCAAAUCUUAUGCAGUAGAAAAUGAGGAGCUUUCUCAACAUCUGAUGGCAGCUAAAGAUGCCCAAAGGCAGCUUACAGCAGAGCUGCAGGAGUUAGAGGAGAAGUACUCAGAGUGUAUAGAGAUGCUGCAUGAAGCUCAGGAGGAGCUGAAGAACCUGAGGAACAGAAACUACCCUGCAGGAACGCCCCGCCGCUACCACCCGCUGGGACUGUACCCAAUGGAUUCUCUGGCAGCUGAGAUUGAGGGAACGAUGAGGAAGGAAUUGAGUCUGGAUGACCCAGAGUGUGAAGAACAGAAGAGCCAUAGGAAGCGUGUGUUUGAGACAGUGAAGAGUGUUAACCAGACUGUCCGUCAGCGCUCACUGACUCCCACCAGCGCCAACAUUCCGGGUUCCAACCAGUCCCUGUCAGCUCGGACAUCACCUCAGUCCAGCGGCCUCUCCACACCCCUCUCCACUAUAUAUGGUGACAUCAGUGGAGACAGUGUUGCCCUUGACAACCGAACACAGAGCAUCCUAAUGGAGACAGCAUCCAAUCAGGACAGCUCAGAGUACAGAGAGAAGAAGGCGAGUGGGGCCGAGGACCUGCGGCUGGCCCUGCGCCGCCUGUCUCUGCGUCGACAAAACAACCUGAGCGAGAGGCGCUUUUUUGAGGAGGAUAGAGAGAGGCGACGCACAGGACACAGCGGGCUGCAGGACGCCCUUGGGCAGGAGAGCAUGCUGACCCCUUCUGACAGCAUCAUGUCCCUCGGGAACCUUCACCUGUGGGCCUCUCGGGGGCCCUACCUCCCUGACAAACUACAGAUCGUCAAACCACUCGAAGGCUCUGCCACCCUUCACCACUGGCAGCAGUUAGCGCAGCCUCACCUUGGAGUGAUCCUGGAUGCCAGGCCAGGAGUCGUGCCAAAGGGCUACAGGCCCCUCGAACUAGAGCUGGAGCAGGUGUAUCCAUGGGGUGGCUUUGAGGACGAUGAACCUGGCGAGCAAUACUUUCAGAAUCUGCCCACCUCCUCAGCUUCUGCCUCACCCGCCGUGCUCUCAUCCAGCACAGGUGAUGCCAACCUUGUGCAGCCUCCAACAAACCAUGCUCCACCCUCUCCGCCAUCUCCAUCUCCUUCUCCACAUCUCAGCAACACUGACGCUCUGGCUGCAUACUACCCAGGCAAAUGCAUGGCCCACACCAGCUCUACUUACACCUUUACAACCUGUCGGAUCCUGCACCCAACAGACGAGCAGACACGGGUUACGCCAAGUCUAAACCCAGUUCCUGCAUCAUCUUCCUGUGUGAUGACCAGCACUCUGCUGGGUACUCCUGCUGCUACUCCCUGCACACCCCGCAGGCUCAGCCUCAGGCCCUCUGAGUCCUCAACAAACCUCAGAGAUGCAACACGCACCACCAGCACCUCCCUGGGGUUAGUGCGCCUCCUCCAGGAAAGAGGGAUCUCAGCAGCCAUGUAUCACCAGAGCUUGGAGAACAGUCAGGCCAGCGGAGGAGUCCUGCUCAGCACUUCCAUCGCCCCAAACCGAGCACCUAACCCUGACCCUAUGCGCCCGUCUACCCCUCCAAACUCCCCCACAAAGCUUGGUGCCUCAGCUGUGCCAAGCUCCUCAGGCUUCGAUUUCAAGAGCCCAUCUUAUGACAACUUCCUGGCCUCCAAACCAGCGCGUUCCAUUCUGAAGGAAGUUACUGGGGGCAUGAGAGGCAGACAAAGAGGGAGGGACUGCGAAAGCCAAACAGAUGUUAGUGUGACCGUCCACAAUCUCAACCUGCUGGACAAGGUGAAGAGGCUGGGUGUUGCUGGAGCUUCAGGGGGCAGGGCAGUGAGUCCAGGUCCCAUCUUAGCCCCUCUGGGUGGACUGCGCAGGUCCGGCUCCCCUUUUGGACCAGAUGGAAUGAGGAGGAACCGGAGUUAUCCAGGCAUGGUUGGAGCCAGCAUGGCCAUGAAAGCCCCGGGGCCGCAGGAGUAGUCCGGUCUGCCACUAGCUAUGAUGGCAACAAAGAAGGGACCUGGCUGCUAAGCAGUCAUCUGAAGCUCAAACAUGGAUUAACAAUGUUAGUACUAACCAACUAUAAUAUGGCCCUACUAGCUUUCACUCAUUUCUGCUAUUCAAGAUGUACACUAACCACUUUAGUGCUUGAGUAAAAUAAAUAAAUUAAGUUAGGGGG